AUGGGAAGCAGAGACGACAACAACGCCCAAGACCACAAAAAUAUUCCCAUGUCACCUCUGCCGCCAUACCAGCGUGCUGAGAUGUGGGACAUCACAGAAGACGACUUCUGGCGCAAGAAUGCCGUCCAACGCCAGGAACAGUAUGCCCAAGCCUCCCAGCGUUGGAACCACAGGAGACAGUCUAUCAUGGCACGCAUCCGAUGCCUUGAAGCCGAAGCUCGUCAGUUGAGAGAGAAAGAAGACAAGCUUAGCCGAGAGCUCAUGGCUGUCCGCAGCCAGGCCGCUAUUGUCAAUGAGACGUUCAGCCACGAAUCACAACUUUUAAGCAACAUCGAUGUUCAACAUAACAUGGAGAAGCAAGAUCUGUUCAAAAAGCACGAAAAGAUUGAGCACAGGAUGCACGACUGGUUUAAGCGGUGCAGAAACCAGGACGGUGUCCACGAACGACAAUGGGCUCUGCCUGAGCUGAUCGACAAACGGCCGCCGGAGAGACAACUGAAGCUUCCACCACUGGCCAAUUUGGAUCUACUCCGACAACAAACAAAGCACGACGAUAGGAUUGUUGCUAUUAUUGAUGCCGACGGUACGAUAUUAGAUAAGCUCCAAUAUCUUGGACUGUCGAACGAACGCACAGCAACCAUAUCCGCCCGAGCUGUGCUGCAGCCGAUCAAGCUACGCGAGGCCCAACGUUUUCACGAAGCCACAAAGCCAAGUAUCUACAGCAUCGCAGAUGGCAAAGGCACUGGUUGGAUAUCUUGCAUGAUACAGGCUACCGGCAGUCUCCAGAAGAGAAAGUGCCAGGGUUGCGCUAACAGCGAAAGCCCGUUCGAGGGCUGUAUUGCUGUUGGAGGUCGUCUAUUCCCCAAGUGCGGCAACUAUGUAUCUGUGUCAGGGUUCAAGGCUGUGAAUCAGGCUUCAAUCUAUCGAAGAGGCUCAAAAGCCUCGGUUUCUAGCUGCCCGACUUCACGACAAAUGACGCCCCUGACGUUCCGGCAGCUGGAGUUUGCCACACCAAGCUCAUGCGACAUAACGAAAGAAAAUCUUGUCCUACGCCAUAACGGCAGCUUUUAUACCUAUCCCGCGUGCAUCGAGGGCGUGCCAGUGGACAAGAUUACCCCAAAUCAUCCAUACUGGGAGCCUAAGUGGCCCGAUCUGCGGACUUUGGUGGAACCUGUCUUACGCUCAUGGGAAGAAAAGUAUCAGUCAGCCGAGGAAGCCAGCAGACGGGGCGAGGCUGUUGGCAGCGUUAAAUAUCAAUACGGCCGCCAAGUCAAUCGCGGAAACAGAAUCCUGAAGUUUUUGGAGCAAGGGGCCAUUAGCCCGUAUCAGCUCCUCAGCAAGCGGUUUAUGAGCGUCGGUAAAGGUAGCAUUACAUCCUAUGACACGCUAUUCCGACUUUGCGAGACGAUUGAGGCACUGGCCAACUACAAGACAGACGUCGAGCCCGUCGAUUGGUUGCGUCAGCGUCUGCAUGAGCUGAUCGAAGCUCAGGGUACCGGCUUUAACUUUUCAAAGACGAUUCACGACUUUUAUAACGAUCCAAAGCUGGCAGCACUGCGUCAAAAGUCGGGGUUCAAGAGUAUCGGAAGGCCUUCCGGUAUUAAGAUGCCGAGGCGAAGGGCUGGAAGCGUGGAUGAAGCUCCCUUACCCCCCCGCCCUUGCAAGCGCAAGAGCCCUCACUCAUACGGAGCGCCGAGCCCACCAACCGAUUCGAUUGGUGAGCCGUCUGCAGCUGAUGCGGAUGGGGAAGAAGGCCCUGACGGAAAAAAGCAAAAAGCAGCUGCCAGAGUCUUGGACAGCCUGGAGACGGGCGAUGUGUCCGAUGCCGAUUCGUGGAGCGGUGCGCCGAUUGCCGAGUACGACUUUCGCAUCUAUCAGAUAAAGACGCGGCUUUUUACCAGCUCGGAAGAGGUGACACAAUACUGGGGAUGGGUUGCGGAACACAGCACGUUUGAGCACCAAGUUCUCGAAGAGACUAACCCGGUGGUUUGGGGCGUGCAUCGGGAACCGAUCGACUUUAGUCUGCGGCUCGAGGAUGUGGUCAAGAUCUCGUGGAAUCUCAAGGCGUUGCGGGUCUACUUGGUGAUGAGCGAUCGGCAAAUCUGCUUCGAGGACGACAAACCGCGAGGCGACAUUAUGGUGGCUUUUAAGCGGGAGAAUACCAUGCGGAGAUUUAUCAAGUUUUGCCGACGGGAGGAGAUUGAGCUCGUGGAAGAGACUUGGAAGAAGAUGGAGCAUCUAUGGGGGACGAUGCAGUCGGAGCGGCUGCCGGCGGGCGAAGAAGAGCCCAGCGCGAGGUUGCAGGAAUAG